AUUAUUAUUUAUUAGUUUUUACUUAAACACUCAAUUUAUUUAAUACCUAUAUUUCCAAGAAACUAAUAUUUACAGACAACUAAAGAUAAAUUUACCACUUAUAAAAUGUCAGAGAAAGAUAAAUCAAAAGCGAUUAUACAAACAAAGAACGUGCCGAAAGAUGCGCAAGUGGUCAUGUCCAUAAUGAAAGAGAUCGGUGUCACAGAAUACGAGCCGAGGGUUGUUAACCAACUGCUAGAGUUCACAUACAGAUACGUUACAUCAGUGCUCGAGGAUGCCAGAGUAUUUGCUAACCAUGCUAAGAAGAAAACUAUCGACUUGGACGACGUGCGUUUGUCAGUGCAGAUGCAGUUGGAUAAGUCCUUCACAAAUCCCCCUCCAAGGGAGGUGCUUUUGGAAAUCGCGAGAGUAAAGAAUGUUAAUCCACUUCCAUUUAUCAAACCCCAUUGUGGACCUCGUUUACCACCUGAUCGCUACUGUCUAUCCGCGUGCAACUAUCGGCUCAAACCAGCAACCAAAAAAGUUCCAAUGAAAGCCACAGUUCCAACUCCCACUAUAAAAACUGUGACGACAAAGCCCAGUAGCAACUUGAACGUUGUCAAACGUACACCUGGGGCAAUUGUUAAUGUCUCCUCAAAAGGCAGUGUGGCUCCAAAACCUGUGCUUAAAUUUACUUCUAGUCCUAAGGUUGUGGCAAAACCAGCAGUGCGCGUGACAGCGGGCCCCUCCUCACAUGGGCCCGUCAAGAUGGAACUGGAUGAGGUGUCACAGAAACGGAAACGGGAAGACGAUGACUAUGAAUAAUGACUACACAAUAUAAUUAUUAUUUCUAGUAA